UGACCGCGCCGCCGGACAGAAUGGGCCAAUCAAUUAUACUGCAAGCUAGCAAGAUGGAUCCCAAGCCAUUCUCGAAGCAAGCGAUUAUCCCUGCACAUCCCUCCAUGCUCCAGGUACCUCUCGUGGGGCCAUGCACACAGCCUAGAGCCAUGUCACUUUUCAUUCCGCAUACUCCGUACCCAGAUUUUUUCUUUCUUUUCUUCUUUGGGUAGCUCUAGCAGUCAAGCUCAAGGUUUCGCGCGCCAGUUUUUUUUUUUUUUUUUUU